CCAUGGGCAAGUUUCUCGAAAAAGUCAUACUUUCCUAACAAAUUUGCUUGAUUCCAAAUUAAAAAAUAAUCAAAAUUGAUAUCCACAUUACACCUCCAUUGAAUUUUCAAGUGGCAUUGAUGUGGAAGCCUUUAACAACCCAAGCAUUGUUGAUUUUUACACAUGGGUAAUUUGAUAUGGUCAUCUCUGGGGGCACCUGGUUGGGUAGGGCAUUGCAGGAUCGGCAGGUUGGGUCAGUGUUUGGGUUUUGACGGAAGGUGUGUCGUCAUAAGGCAAAGAUUUUAAAUUUGAAUAAAAAAAAAAAGAAAUGAGGAAUCUGAUUGGUGAUUGGUGAUUGGACUACACUGUUCAUCUUACCAAACAUUUGUUGACCAAACAACUACUGCGCACCUUUUAGGACGAACCUCCAAUCAAUGACGUUGGCUGCAGCCUCCGUCGCAACGCUCCCUACAGCAAAUUCCUCCGCCACUCUCUUUACCAAAUAUGAAACCCCGUGAUAAUCCGAUUUAAAGGCUCGCUGCAAUGAACGGCCAUGGCCUCCAAAUCGUUGAAGAAGAAGCCUAACAGAAAGCGAUCAAGAGCCAAGUCCUUCGCCUCGAUGGCCUCUUAUAAGCACUUGUAUCUCAGAAUUUUCAUUUUAAUAUCGAUUAUUUUGCUUGUUUGCGGAAUUCUUGUUUUGGGAGUUUCGUCAAACACUUGGAUUAAGAUAUCUUCCGAUAAUCUCUCCAUUCAGCUUUACGGCUAUCAAGUAGUCAAUGAAUUCCCUCACGAUCCCAGUGCCUUCACUCAGGGCCUUGUUUAUGCUGGAAAUGAUACCUUAUUUGAGUCAACUGGUCUUUACAAGCAAUCAUCAGUUCGGAAAGUAGCUCUUAAGACCGGAAAGGUUGAGAUUCUUCACAAGAUGGCUGAUUCAUAUUUUGGAGAGGGUUUAACUCUUCUUGGUGAAAGGCUGUUCCAAGUAACUUGGUUGACGAACAUUGGUUUCAUAUAUGACAGAAAAAAAUUGCAGCAAUUGGAGCAAUUUACACAUCAGAUGGAAGAUGGUUGGGGACUGGCAACUGAUGGCAAAAUCUUAUAUGGAAGUGAUGGGACUUCAACACUGUAUCAUAUAGAUCCUCAAACAUUAAAAGUCACAAGAAAACAUGUCAUCAAAUUUAAUGGCCAUGACGUGCGCUACCUGAAUGAAUUGGAAUAUAUAAAUGGUGAAAUAUGGGCAAAUGUUUGGCAGACUGACUGCAUUGCUAGAAUCUCACCUAAUAAUGGUACAAUGCUUGGGUGGAUUAUUCUUCAACCUUUAAGAGAAGGACUAAUAGCAGCUGGACAUAAUGGUAUUGAUGUUUUGAAUGGCAUUGCUUGGGAUAGCAACAAUAAUCGCAUUUUUGACAAUUUUGAAGGCAUUAUUUUUUUGGUUCCCUUCUAGUAACUGGAAAACUCUGGCCAAAGCUUUAUGAGAUCAAGCUGCAUCCAGCCAGGAAACACUUUGAUAAUGGGGACAUUGAGCAGCUUUGCUUGCC